AUGUAUGGAAAAGUAUAUGUAAGGGGGAAAUUCUAUGACUUCAAUCCAGAACUCAUCAAUGAAUAUCUAGGAUCAUCAAAUGAAGACCAAGAAAUUCAGCCAGAAAGUGAGCAAAUAGCCCUAGAAAUUACAGCAGGAAAUGUGGUCUUUGAGAAAAACAAGAUUAAAGCAGCUUCACUGACAAGCAAGUAUGCCAUAUUGCAAAAGAUUGCUCAUGUGAAUUGGAUGCCAUCACUACAUGAAUCAACAGUCAAAGGAAGCUUGGUAGAACUACUAUACAAAAUAGGAAAAGGGAUCAAAGUUAACCUUGGAGCCUAUAUUCAUUCGCAAAUCACCAAUCUAGUUGAAGACUCUGAGUCAAAAACUUGCCUAAUCUUCCCAAGUUUGAUAUACUCACUCCUAGCUAAACAAGGACUCAAGACACAUGGACCAAAAGUACAGAUCAACACCAUCAACACAACCAAAAAGCUAAGAAAAGGGGGUCACCAGAAUGAUCUAAAAUCAUCAGCACUAACAAAGAAUCCAACUGAUCAGAAAAUCCUAACAAAAUACUUCAAGAAAAGAUUAGAGGAAUUGGAACUCUCUGAAAAACAAAUCCUGAGAAGACAAAUGAAAAUCAAAGAAGAGAAAGCUGAAAUCAUACAAUGGAUAAAAGCACUUGAAACAACAAAUGAAGAAGAAGAAGAAGCACAGGAAGAGGGCCAAGCAGACAGCACUGAAAAGGAAGAAGAUGACCAAGAAAAAGGUGUUUUUGAAACCUCAGUUUCAGCAUCCACAUGA